CUCACUCGCGCCAGUUCCAGAGGUGUGUGGGAGCCAUGGCUGCCCCGAACCCGUGGGACCCGGCGUCCGCGCCGAGUGCAGCUGGGCUACUGCUGAACCACUGGGUGGCUUCGGGGAUAGUCACUGAGGAGAUGUUAGAUAUAUCUAAGAAAACAGCUCCUUGCUUUGUGAACUUCUCCAGAUUACAGCAGAUCUCAGAUAUUCAAGCUGAAAUCAACCAGAACAACCUAGAAAUUGAACUUCUAAAACUAGAAAAGGAUACAGCAGAUCUUAUUCAUCCUUCCUGUUUGGUUAAGAAGUGUGACUCUCUGCAAAUCAUGAAUAAUCAUCUGGAAAUGGUGCUCAAGGAGAAGCGGGCCAUCAGGCAAAGACUGCUGAGACCCAUGUGCCAGGAGAACCUGCCAAUUGAAGCUGUGUAUCACAGAUAUAUGGUACAUUUGUUGGAAUUGGCUGUGACUUUCAUCGAGAAGUUGGAAACCAAUCUUGAAACAAUUAGAAAUAUCCCUCAUUUAGAUACAAACCUAAAGAAAAUGAGCAAGGCAUUAGCCAAGAUGGAUAUUUUGGUGAACAAGACAGAAGAAUUGGCAGAGAAUAUACUCAAGUGGCGAGAACAACAAAAGGAAAUUUCCUUGUGUAUCCCCAAAGUACUAACUGAAGAAAAUUAUCUUCUCAAAUUUGAUAUAGUUCCUCCUUUACCUUUUGUUUCUAAAGUUCAUGCCCAAACCAUUAAUGCCAAGUGAUUGCCGUCUUUCCUUUUGUUUAAUUAUGUGUAGUCAAAGAAGUCCAUUUUUAGGUGAUUGUGACAGGGAUAUUGAUAGGUUUUGUUGCUAGAAACACUGAAAAAGCCCUCUGAAUUUUGGAGUACCAGGCCCAGAGAGAUGUCUCCUCAGGGAAAAGCUCCUGGUUCAAGCCUGACAAUCCCUGGGCUCAAUCCCUGGGAUCUAUAUAGCUUUUUUCAUAUAUUUUCACUCUCUUUGGUAUAGCUAAAAAAGAUCAAAUAUGUGUAUGAUAACUUAUUAUCAGUGAGUUGAACACUCUUCAGACAGCAGAUUCUGUAUCAUGAUUCUGUAUCUCUUAUAAAAACAUUUUUGAAUUGGAGUAUUCCUGAGUCUGAAAAUUUCUGUGGUGAUUAUUCCUGUGAGACUUCAAUGUUACCCUAUGAAGGACUGAUAAGGUGUAGUUCUUGGCUGGCACAUCUAGAAACUCAUAUAAUAGGAGGAUGAGUAGGGCUCAAUAGAACCAGGCUGUGCAUGUGGUUUGUGUGGGACACUUGCUUUCCUUCUGAGAGUCUAAGAUGUUGGUACACACCAGGAAGAAAGUACUUUUGUUACCGGUCCCUGGCAAAAAUCUGGAGCACACAUCCAUAACAAUUUUAGUGGUAGACAGCAUUUCACAGUGUCACAGUCCAGCUGUGAGUGUGAUGACACUAAGUCUUAUAUAUCCUCUUAGCAGAUCACUGAACCUAGUUGUGUUCUCAGGAGUGCCUGGGAAACAAAUGCUGAGAAUGUGUGCUAGCAGCCUUAGGACAUGCAAAGAAGAAAGAUUCAAGGGGGAAAAGGCAUAUUGUGGUAAGAUUUAAAAACUUGUUUUGAUACUUCUUAUAUGUAGUCAAGGCUAGUCUCAAACACAUGAUCCUUCUUGUUUCAACCUCGAGAGUGCAGGAAUCACAGAAAUGUGCCAUCACAUCUGGCUAAAGUAUAAAGAUUUGUAAUGGAUAAUACGAUAUAUUUUACCUACUUAGGGUUAUUCAUAAAAUACAGACUAAUACACUUAAAGUAGAGAUUCUAACAACUUCCUCGAGAUGUUUUCAUUUACAUUGAUACUGUAAGUACUUCUGGCUUAUAUUUAAACUGGGAUUCUAUUUUCCACACUGUUGACUUCUGUGUCAUGGGAGUUUAGCAAACUUCUGUUCAUCAUAUUCUUAACUGAAGACUUCACCCGUUAGAUAAUAAACACUGUUCACGAACAACAGGAUCCUUACUCCCCACCCCAAGAAAGACCCUUUUAACAGAUCUUUGUUUUGAAAAACUCUACACCUUUUAUAAAUGCACCAUAGAAGAGUGGUGUUGAGAUUUUGAACAUCACCCAGACAAUCAUCAAAAUCCUUAUUUGUAUUCAUCUCAAAUCUCUUUCAACAUCUAGUCAUUUUCCUUAUAUGAUUUCUUGUGUGUGUGUAUGUAUAUAAUCAUGUCUCCACUAUUAAUAUCCCUGGUGGUUUUGUAUUUUUAUUUCCCAUUAAUGCCUCAAGAUGUAAAAAUAAACUAAUUUCAAUUAAA